AUGAAGUCAUACAUUAUAUAGAAUUUAUCAAUUUAUUCAAUUUACUGUAUUAUAAAGGAGAAAAAAUUAAAACCUUGUUAUUUUUUUUUAUAAAAUGAAAUAUUCGCAAACAAUAAUAGAUAGUAUAUAUAUCUAUUGAAUUAAAUAAACAUUCCAUUAAUAUAGAUUGACCUGCUUGAGAAAAUAUUUUCAAAAUGAUGCAAUUCAUGCUGUUAUUCAGCCGCCAAGGUAAAUUGCGGUUGCAGAAAUGGUACGUGGCACAUCCAGAUAAAUUGAAGAAGAAAAUCACACGUGAAUUAAUCACCACUGUCCUGGCUAGGAAACCCAAGAUGUGUUCCUUUUUAGAGUGGAAAGAUGUCAAAGUUGUCUACAAAAGGUAUGCAUCACUCUACUUCUGUUGUGCCAUGGAACAGGAAGAUAAUGAGCUACUCACUUUGGAACUCAUCCACCGCUAUGUGGAACUCCUUGACAAAUAUUUUGGAAGUGUAUGUGAACUGGAUAUAAUAUUCAACUUCGAGAAGGCCUACUUCAUAUUGGACGAGCUGGUCCUCGGUGGAGAGUUGCAAGAGACCAGCAAGAAGAAUGUUCUGAAGGCAAUAGCUGCACAGGAUCUGCUGCAAGAGGACGAGACGGUGGAUGCCGCGCUCCGGGAGGUGGGCCUCCUAUGAGGGCUUGGACUUCGCCAGCAAACAUCCGCACCUAUACAGCACGGAUAUUGUACCUAAUUUCUACAAGCCUGCCAUAAAGAUGGCGACUCUGUCUUCCCCCAUUGGUGGAAUUAUAACUGCAGCGAACUGCGUUUAUGUAACAACUCUUAAAAUGUUUUAAUUGAAACAAAUUAAAAUCAAUUUGCGAUUUUGUACGAAUUUGAAAGUUAUAGUUGCAAUAUUGUUACAACUCACUCCUGCGACUGCAACUGUCAAAUAAUACUUACAUAGUCACAAAUAUGUAUUUUAAUCUGUUACAAAAAGCGUUACAUAAUAAAGUUCCAGAUUAAUAUGCAUUGUGCUAAGUAUUUGUUAUUAUAUAUAUAUACGUAAUAAUUUUUAUUUUUAUAAAAUGUUAGAAAAAAAUAAUUGAAGUUAUCCAUAAACAUAUGAAUCUGAACUAACAACUUUACUGGGCAUUUAAUAGGUAAUACAUAUUAGUAAAAUUACCUAAUUAGAUAUACAUCUAUGUUGUAGCCCCUAUUUUCUAAAUACAUACUCUAAUUUCAUAUAAUUUUAAUUUCUAUUAUUUUCAAAGUACUUAAUCAAUUUUCAAGCAGUAAUUUUUUUUUUUAAUUUAUAUAUGAUUAGAACGUGUUCAACUAAAGUACCUGUAUCCAUAUACAGGUUCUUCAGUUGAACACGUUUUGAUACAAAUAAUAUAUCAAAACAAUAACUAUAUUGCCUUUAAACGAUCAAAAUUGACGAAAAAUAAGUAAAGUUAUUUUUGGUAUAUAUCUAAUUUAAUAAGACAAUUAUUUUAUUUACCAUGUCUUUAAAUAUCUUUAAUUUACAUUCCAUAUAUGAUUUAUUUGUAUAGUAUACCUACAAAUAAUAAAACAAGAACUAAACAAAUAAUGUAUUUAGGGUAAGCCGUUAUCUGUAGAUAGGAACCUAAUUUUUGUUUUCAUUUUUCAUAUAUAGUAAUUACGUUUUUUACAAUCAACGAAUUUAUUUAAUGUUAAGCAAUUCUUAUACUAUUACAAAAGGAUUUUCUACUUGUAAGUAACAAUGUAGUACUCUUCGAUAUUUUUAUCUACUAUUUACCCCUGAAAAUAGUUUUUAUGAUUAAGAAUUUCCAAUAAAACAUUCCGCGUUUACUAUCGUACCUAUAUUUACUGUAUUUAUCCAUAGAUUCUAAACUGAGAAGCUUAACUGUUAUUUAAGAAGAAAUAGUAAGUGUGUAGGUCAAUAUACACCUAAUAUUUACCUAUUAUGUAAGGUAUAACUGAAGUACUUAUUUACAAACAAACCCAGGCUCGGUCAUAGGUCUUUUUCCAAAAAUCUUAAGUAACUUGGACAAAGUACUGUACUGUAAUAAACAGUGAUUGUAUUAUACAAACGAAUGACUUGAGAUUACUUUUAAAACCAAAGCGAACUAUAUUCAUAAAUACAAUAUUAAAGAUAAAAUAACAUGUACAUACACAUAUAUUUUUUAAACAGAUUUUUAAUAUAAUAUAAUUAUUGUUAAAUUUAUAACAACUUGUAUAUUAUUGAAUACUUAAAGACUUAUUGUUUGUUAUAUUUUCUUUGCAUAGUUUAACGUUAAUUAAAUGAUUUUAUGCGCAUUAUUAUUAUAUCUGUUUUAGUUUAUUAACAUAUAAAAACUUAAACAUCAAAAUAAGAAAUAGAUAUUUUGAAGAAAACUUACCUACUUGCAUUUUAUUACUGAGUACUUUUUUAUAACUAGUUUAAGAUUACAAAAUAAGGAUUUUUCUAUUUGUUUUUUUAUAAUAUAUUUUUUUUAAUCAGAAAUUUUAGAUGUACAGCAACGUACCUACAUGUAUGCUGAGAAGUUUUUUAUAAUUAAAUAAAAUGUCAUACCUACUUAUAACAAUAUCAAUUUAUCAUAAGAUUUGUUACCUAAAUAUAUCAAUAAAUGUUUUUUGUCUUUUAUUGUUUUAGUCUUUUAUUGAAUGCAAAAAUAAAGUAUGUGUAUUUCGAAG